CUGUCCUGCGCACGACGACCUCGCGCCCCAAGGAGCGGUCCCGGCUCGUGCGCGCAGACCCCCUCCUGGCAGCCCCUGCCACCAAUGUUCCCGCGCCGCUCAUUGGCCACCGUACCCUAAGGGCCCGCCCCGCUUGCGGGCUGGGCCACUCGCGCUUGACAGGCACGCGUCGUACCGGACUGGGGGUGGGGAGGGUCGAAGAGCCACUCUCUCACUUCAUUAGCCAGCUCCAGUACCCAGACUCAAGCUCCCCACUGCUCAAUGGACAACCCCAGCUCAGAUCCGUUGCCUUCAACUUUGUCUGGGGAGGAAGAAAAACCUCUGGCCUUACUGCCUCCUGUUCCCCGGGGCCGCCGAGGCCGCCCUCCAGGGGGAGCCACCACCUCCAAUCGGAUUCUCAAGUCCUCCCUCCCUCGAAAGAGGGGCCGUCCCCCCAGAUCAGUGCAGGAAACCCCGUUGACAGCACCAGUGGACAGCGGUGGCAGCAGCGAUCUUCUGUUGAUCGAUGAUCAGGGUGUACCUUAUACAGUCCCCGAAGGGUCGGCAGCAGGUGGGCCCCAGGGCUCCGGCUCCAAGAGGGCCCCGCACUUCUGCCCCGUGUGCCUGAGAGCCUUCCCCUACCUCUCUGACCUGGAGCGCCACAGCAUCUCGCAUUCAGAAUUAAAGCCACACGUGUGCAAAGAUUGCGGCAAGACCUUCAAGCGGUCCAGCCAUUUACGGCGUCAUUGCAACAUCCAUGCCGGCCUUCGGCCCUUCCGUUGUGUGCUCUGCCCUCGACGCUUCCGAGAGGCAGGGGAACUCGCGCAUCACCACCGCAUCCACUCUGGUGAGCGACCGUACCAAUGUCCCUCAUGCAGGGUUCGCUUCACCGAGGCCAAUACUCUCCGGCGCCAUUACAAACGCAAACACCCAGAGCUUGUGGGGAUGCCUGUGCGCCUGUGCCCCCCAAACCCAAGAACCCAACCACUGUGGGACGAUGAGAGCGUCCCUGUUCAAGAAGGAGUACAGGAGGAGAGUCCUGAGGGAAAGGAGUCUGCUUGGCCCAUAUCCUCCACCACCUCUCCCCUGUCCGGGUUUACAGCAGGGGCUUCAGCUGGGGCUGAGUAUGGGCAAGAAGGCCAAGACACCCUUGUUUCUGGUGGCAUUCCCGCCGCCGUGGAAGGGGAUCAAAAGCAGGGACCCAAACCUCUCAGUCCUGAUGCCCUCUAGCGCCCUCCUGUGGACUGACAAGCUCUGGGAGGCAUGGGCUGUGGAAAUAAAUCCCUGCCUACUGAC